GGAGAUUGUAGUCAUUAUAUAAUAAUUGAAUAAUAUUUCUAUUACAGCAUAGAAACUUUAUUCUUGCUGCGUUUAAAUUUAUCUCCAGCGCCAAAGUUGCAUAUCGCCCGGAAAGCCGAAAUCCAUCACUUUAACAGGUGUUAAUGCGGCUAUAUUUCAAGACUUCGUUGAGUACACACUGGAUACAGCCUCUGGCUUCACAUUAGGAAUUGCCAGAUGCAGAACUGUCGUAUGUGGCCCAUUCCUUGCAUAGCAGGAAACAACACACAUUAGAGGUGAACAAACCGAACAAAGUUACAUUGAAUUCUACAGAUACAAACAGCAUCGUGCGGUUUGAUCCCAGCGCAACACGUGUUGUAUUCUUGUAUCACUCUAUUAUCAACUGAACUGUGGCCCUGGAAAACACCGAGGGAGAGAAAGUAUGCUGUCGACGUCCAGGGACUUAGCGAAUGGCGCAGUACUGAUCCUCGCAGUGUUGUGUCAUUUCCAGGUGAAUGGAUUUACAUACAGCGAAAUAACAUGUCCUGUACUGACAUUUCCGUGCCCUGUAACUGCCGAGUGUUUAGAUUUUGAAAUGAUAAACGAUGGAAAGAUUGACUGUCCAGAUGGUACUGACGAAGCUUAUAGUAGCCCUAAUGACACAAGUCAAGUCCUAUACUUGGAACAGAAUUUUGUCAAAGUAACUAAGGCCAGAGACACUAACUGUAAUAUCGAUUAUUACCCUCCAAACUGCUGGUGUAGUGACGUAAGCGUCUUUUGUGACCGAGCACAGCUCACAAAGAUACCAAGCAACUUGUCAGUAAACACUGUAGUUUUGAUUUUAUUAAAAAAUAAACUGAGAACCUUUCGCUCAGAUGCCUUUGCUGAAAACAACGUUUUAGAAAUACUAGAUUUGGACUACAAUGAGCUCGAAACACUGGAACCUAAUAUCUUCGAAAGGUUAACACGGCUGAAAAUACUAAGACUGAUGUUUAACAGAAUUUCUAAAAUUGAAAAAGGAGCAUUCGCCAAGUUGACAAAUCUUCAAAUUUUAAUCCUGGAGUACAACAAAAUUACUAAAAUUGAAAAAGGAUCAUUCGUCGACUUGAGAAAUCUUAAAGUAUUAAACCUGAACUACAAUCGGAUAAAGUAUAUUGAACCUGGAUCCUUCUUACCACUAAACUCUUUGCAGAAUUUGGCCAUCGAAGAGAACCUUUUAACUGAACUGAAGGAAGAGACUUUUUCUGGUCUUGGGAAUGUGACCUUUCUGCUAUUAAGUUACAACAGAAUUGAGAUUAUUGCUGCUAGAGCAUUUAAAGACUUAGUCAAUAUGCAAUCGCUACGAAUACUGGGUAACAAGUUUUAUCAUGUUCCAACCAACACCUUUAAGUAUACGAAGAACCUAGAAUACAUUCAUUUCCGUGCAUUUUACCUGUGCGCCUAUGCCACGACUGUGAAAACCUGCUUACCAAAAGGAGACGGCAUAUCGAGUCACCAGAACCUUUUGGACAGCAGUCUCCUGCGCGUUGCAAUAUGGGUGAUGGCCAUCCUGGCCUGUAUCGGCAACGGCGUGGUGCUGACGGGUCGCCUGGUGCUCAAGGAGGACAACCGUAUACACUCAUUCCUGAUCCGAAACCUGUCCCUGGCCGACCUUCUGAUGGGCGUCUACCUCCUGGUGAUCGGCAGUUACGACACGCUUUACAGGGGGAGGUACCUCGCCAACGACCACGAUUGGCGGAACAGCUGGUCGUGCGACGUCAGCGGCUUCCUCAACACCGUCAGCAGCGAGGUGUCCGUCCUCACGCUGACCGUGGUGACGUUGGACCGCUACAUUUGCGUGACGUAUCCUCUGACGCUGAGGAAGAUCAACAUCAAGUUGGCCUACUUGAUCAUGGGCGCCGUCUGGCUCUUCUCCAUAACUCUGGCCGCCGCCCCGCUCGUUGGAAUCCCUUACUUCAGCUCCUACUUCUACAAACACAACGCCGUCUGCGUCCCUCUGUUGCUGCACGAGCCCAGGAACAGCGGCUGGGAGUACUCGGCGUUCAUCUUUCUGGGGAUAAACUUCGCCUCUGUGGCGUUCAUGACGUACGCCUAUGUGGCGAUGUUCGUGGCGAUCAGGGGCUCGUGUUUCAGGUCGCUGCACCAGUCCCAGGAGAGGUGUCUCAUGAAGAGGUUCUUCUUCAUCGUCGUCACCGACUGGGCCUGCUGGCUGCCCAUCAUCGCUCUCAAGAUUGCAGCUUUGACGGGCACCAAGCUUUCUCCGAACAUCUACGCGUGGAUCGUUGUGUUCGUGCUGCCCGUCAACAGCGCCAUCAACCCGCUCAUCUACACCCUGACCACCCGCAUCUUCAGACACAAGUUCCUAGUCACCUUCACGGGCAUGGUGUGGAAGGGCCGCACCUACCAGGAGAACAGCACGUCCGUGUCCAUCAUCAAGAGCAGGUCGUCCAGAAGGGAAGAUGCCGAGGUUGAGCGCUACCCUCUACAGGAUGAGUCCCAGAUUAACUCAUGGACAGACAGAAUGGUGGUCAAAUACGGACAGAGGCGCACAGUGUAUCCUAGCUCGGAUACGCCGAAGGAUUUGCAAAUUGGUUACACUUCCGACUGAUAGGCUGGACGACCUGCAUUUGCAUCACAAUGUAAAGUAACUGGUUUAGUGUUAAGAUCCAGAUCUAGAGCGCGUAAACGCGCAAUAAUUGCAGUGUGAACUGCUGGAAAAGAGCCUGCGUCACGUCAGGAAAAGAAAAUGGCUUCAUUGCUGUAACUAAGCUCGGAUUGGUUCAAGUGAAACCUAAAACCGGAAAUGUGAUUGGGUGGUUUAAUGUCAGGUUUUGUUAAAGCCAUCGUAGCAGGAGUAAAUACAUACUCAACAAAUUCCAUUCGUAUUUUAUUAUUUUAUUUUUUAAUUUAAAGAAACAAAUGUUGUGCUUGCAACAUCCUAGGAACUCUUGGAAAUAAAAUAUGUAGAUUAAUGAAUUUUCACUCCAUACUUUCGGAUUCUGUUCACGAGUGUAUAAUAUACUACACAGCAUAUUCGUUUAGUUAUACGUAUUUUCGUGCUUAUAUCCAAUUAAGUUUCAAGCACGUUGUGCUAUGCAGUCUGUCCAAGACAGUGUGCUGGUGGAUAGUAAGAGAGAAGUGGACAUAGUUGCCUUACACCUACCCACUGGGAGGCGAACCCAGUACCUACCUGCCUUAUGUCCGAUGGCUUAACCACUUGACCACCAAAGCUAGUAAUGGCAACUAUUUUCAGUGUACUUAAAAGACACUAUGCCAAGGGUGAUAACUCGUAUUCACAGCUAAUUCACUAGGCGGUGUUCAGUAACAAUUUAGGUAUUUUGGUAUUGUGAAACGUUGAAAUUAUUGGAUCGAAUAUUUUUUAAAAAUGUAAAUCUAAUUUGAUAAAUGUAACUAUACAUACAUGUAAAUACAUACAUACAUACGUACAUGUAUACGUACGUACGUACCUACAUAUCUACAUACCUACAUACAUACAUUUUACAUACAUACAUACAUAAUAUAUUGCCAUUUAAACUGAUACUGUGAACUUUUAAGUGCAUGUUGUAACAUUUUGUUGCGAAUAUUAAAGCCUUCUUUUGAACAAUAUAUGUAUUUUGUAAACUUAAAAUGUAUUUUGUUUAGCCUAAAUACAUCUUAUGAACAUUAAAUGUAUAUUUUGAAGUUUUAAGUGUAUCUUGUGAAGUUUAAAUGUUGCUUGAGAAGUUUAAUCGCAUUUGUAAAGUUUAAGUAUAUAUUACGAAGUUUAAAUGUACAGAUAAUUUUUUAAACUUUAAAUAUGUAUGACAUGCUUUACGUAUGUUAUGAAGUAUAAAUAUGUAUGCCAUGCUUCAGAUGUAUGUUGAAAACUGUACGUAUGUUAUGAAGUAUAAAUAUGUAUGCCAUGCUUCAGAUGUAUGUUGAAAACUGUACGUAUGUUAUGAAGUAUAAAUAUGUAUGACAUGCUUUAGAUGUAUGUUGAAAACUGUACGUAUGUUAUGAAGUAUAAAUAUGUAUGACAUGCUUCAGAUGUAUGUUGAAAACUGUACGUAUGUUAUGAAGUAUAAAUAUGUAUGACAUGCUUCAGAUGUAUGUUGAAAACUGUACGUAUGUUAUGAAGUAUAAAUAUGUAUGACAUGCUUUAGAUGUAUGUUGAAAACUGUACGUAUGUUAUGAAGUAUAAAUCUGUAUGACAUGCUUUAGAUGUAUGUUGAAAACUGUACGUAUGUUAUGAAGUAUAAAUAUGUAUGACAUGCUUUAGAUGUAUGUUGAAAACUGUACGUAUGUUAUGAAGUAUAAAUAUGUAUGACAUGCUUUACGUAUGUUAUGAAGUAUAAAUAUGUAUGACAUGCUUUAGAUGUAUGUUGAAAACUGUACGUAUGUUAUGAAGUAUAAAUAUACCUUGCGAAUUGUCCACAGGGGCGGGACCUAGCCCAGUGGUAAAGCGCUCGCUUGAUGCACAGUCGGUCUAGGAUCGAUUCUCAUCGGUGAGCCUAUUGGGCUAUUUCUAGUUCCAGCGGUUUACCUCUCUAGG